UGUUUCUCCGGUUGGCUUAGCAAGACGUGCGUUGUUGUCAGGACGACAUAACUUAUUUGGAUCAGUUGGAGGUGCUAGAAUAAGGAUACAAUGUUGGAUCACAUGACAUGCAGUCAUGUGAUCUCCCUGCAGUGGGUCAGAGAGCUGGUGGCACGAUGUGGCAGGGAUUCUCAGAGACACACCUGCGUCAGAGGAAAAGGAAUGAGUUGCGGAUCCUGUAAUCAUUUGUCUCGAAGUAACUCCCUGGCACGACGUCUUGGUAGGAAAUGGAAACGUCAGGCUCAAUUCUCUCGGAUUGUAGACUCCCCUUCUGUAGACUAUGGAACUAGUUGUGUACCAGAUCGAAGAAGGCGUCAGUUACUGGCCAGGGUUUGCAACUUCUUUCUUGAGGAGCACGAGCAAGGCUGUUCCCGGAAAAUGGCUGAAAUAUCGGAGUACCUACAGAACACACAACCGGCGUCUCCUCAGAGUGACACGGACUCCGUGCUAUCUGAGAAGGAGCUCCACGACAGAGCACUAGCUGGUCUAGGACUAAAGGACUCUGGACAUAACGGAAAGAAAAACACCAUAGUCAAGGUGUGCGACUUCUUCCUGGACAAGAAAGAGCGGGGAAAUGAGAUCAACAUCAGAGCCAUCAUCUCAGCAAUAGAUCACGCUAAUAGCUCUGCAGGACUCUCUCUAGCCGAGAGGAAGGCUGUGGAGGAGAAACAGAGGGAGCUACUCGUCAAGGUUUGCAAGAUAUUGCUAGACACUAAAGAAAGGGGAGUGGAGACUAAUGUCCAGGAGAUUUGGAACGCCAUCCGGUACACUAAACUGAAGGACCCUUCUCUUUACGAUGGAAUGGAGGAUAUGAAUGUGGAGACAGCAAUAGAGAUGGAAGACCCAGACAAGACCAUAGCUGACCAGGAAAUGAAGAAGAAGAAGAUGGUGGUUUACAAGUUCUUCUUGGACUCCCGCGAGAGAGGAAUGGAGGACAAGACAAAGCAGAUAAACCGAAUGUUGAGUGUUAAUUCCGGGACCGGGUCCGUCAACACGGCUCGUUGAACGGGAGUUGAGGAGGAAAAUAAAGACCUGGAAGCUAAGAGAAUUGCUGAGUAGAUUCGAGAAGUAGAGAACUAGCUGUAGACGAACUGAAACAAACACGAGACUGGACAAUGUACCGAAAUCUGUUUUUAACGAUUGGAAUGAGUUAAUCUGAUUUUUUUGUUAUAUCUUUUGGACUGCACAUAUGGGACUUUCAUCUCCAACUUUGGGAAAGUAUCUCAUCGCUCUUUAGCCUGCCCUGUAGUGCUUUAUUACUUAUGUUAGUUUUAUAACUUGUUGCAGUCAUCUGUUUAAGUGUUAAAGACAAGCGAUAUUGAUUUGAAUUAUGUGAGCCAGGAAACAAAAAUAUUUGACCGAGCCCUCUUCGGUCAAGCCAACCAACUAAGCAGUCAAAAUGUUUUGCUGAAAUUCAAUAAGCUUUUUAAGUGUUCAUAUCCCAUUUCAACUAUCAACCUAAAAAAUUACCAAUGUAUUAAAAUCUUAAAAAGAAUACAUAGUUGGGGAAUAAGCUCAAAAAAAGGAAAACUUGAGCUUACAUUUUACAUUUAUUUGUUUUUAGAAUUGUGUAUUUAUACUUGAUUGAGGUGCUAUAUUUGAGUAUAUUGAUAUUGUAAAAUUGUUAUUGUGACAAAAUCAAAUUAUUAUGCGGUAAGGAGCGAUAAAUGACACUAAGAGUCGAUGAUCAAUCAAACUUAAAGUUCAACCAGUAUUUCCAAAUUAUCGCAUCGUUUGAGAUUAUCUUCUGGCCCCGUAAGUUUUUAAUUUUGCUUGAUUUGAUAAACAAAAUGAGUUAAAAUAUAUAUAUUUCAGUCCAGGCACAGAUUAAAAGUUUUGAACCUUUAUAUUUGGUCGCAUCAAUUGUGUUUUUGGAACAAAUGAGCCUUGUUGGACGGAAGGAUGAUGGAUUGAUCCUUAGGUUGAUGACCACAAGUUUUCUUUAUCACUGAAUAACUUUUGGUCUACUUUACGUCCAAAUAUGGGCUUAAUUUGCACGGUUUUAGUUUAUAUUGUGAUCAUAUUUUCAUGAAUCUAAAACCAUUUCGAAACUAAUUAA